AUGACAUUAGAUGAAAUAAAAGUGGAAGCAAACAUAAUUGAAGCUGUUGAGCGCCAAUUAGAAGAGUUUGGAACAAAAACUGAAAUACAGACAGUAAACAGGAUUGAAAAUGGCUUUAACAAGGGUAAUAAAAAAGGAUGUUCAAGAUGUGGGAGUUUUAAACACUAUGGGCGCGAUAAAGACUGCCCCGCUAGGAACAAGGAAUGUUUAAGGGUCUUUGACGCUGCAAUCGAAUUUGCUGGUAAAUCCGUAAAUACAACAUUCUACGUGGUUGGUAAUGGAACACGAGACUUGUUGGGAAGAAUUACGGCGACAUCCUUGGGUAUCCUUAGAAUCAAUAUUGGGAUAAACCAAGUGAAAGAGAAAGGAUUGCCGAAAUUCAAAGAUGUUUUAGUUGAAAUUCCUAUAGACGACUCUGUUAAACCCAUUUCUCAACCAUAUCGCAGGAUUCCUAUUCCUUUAGAGGACAAAGUUGACGCUAAAAUAAAAGAUCUUCUCAAUAAGGACAUCAUAGAGGAAGUACUUGAACCUUCGAACUGGGUUUCACCGAUUGUGCCUGUGCUCAAAGACAACGGAGAUGUUAGGAUUUGUGUGGACAUGCGGCGAGCGAACACAGCCAUCAAACGUGAGAACCAUCCUUUGCCAACGAUGAAUGAACUUUUGCCAAAAGUUUGUGAUGCUAAAGUUUUCAGUAAGCUUGACAUAAAAGAUGCUUUCCAUCAAAUAGAGUUACAUCCAAAUUCAAGACACAUCACCACUUUCAUCACUUCAAAAGGACUUUUUAGGUACAAACGAAUGAUGUUUGGCAUUACCUGUGCGCCAGAGAUUUUUCAAAAAUUAUUGGAAAGAAUACUUUUGAAAUGUGAUGGCGUUAUGAACUUCAUCGAUGACAUUUUGGUGUAUGGCAAGGACGAAACAGAGCAUCAUGAAAGAUUAAACAAUGUAAAGGAAGUCUUGCAACAAAACAAUGUUGUCCUAUGCGAAGAAAAAUGCGUUUACGGGUUGAAAAAGGUCCAGUUCCUUGGCCAUGAAUUAUCUGGAGAAGGUGUGAGGCCAUUAGAAAAGUAUAUUUCAGCUGUCAAGGAAUUUAGAGAACCUACAACCAUUGCAGAGUUACAGAGUUUUCUGGGACUUAUAAAUUUUAUUGGGAAGUGGAUUCCUCAUCUGGCAACUUUAUCCGAGCCAUUGAAAAUGUUGUUGCGACAGAAAAGUAAGAGGAAUUCAGAUAUUUCAGAAAACUGGGGAAAAAGUCAACAGACAGCUUUUGAUAGCUUAAAAGAUGCACUUGUUGACAUUCCCCAAUUAGGCUACUACAACCCUCAUGACAAGACUUUGGUAAUAGCGGAUGCUAGUCCAGUGGGGCUUGGAGCAGUUCUUGUCCAAAUCAAAGAAAAAGGACCACGGAUAAUUGCUUUUAGUAACAAAACUCUUAGUGAUUGUGAACGUCGAUACUGUCAGACGGAAAAGGAAGCUUUGGCAUUGGUGUGGGCGUGUGAACAUUUUGAUAUGUUCCUCUACGGUAAAGACUUCGUUUUAAUAACCGACCACAAGCCCCUAGAAACCAUAUUUGGACCGAAGACUAAAUCUUGUGCCCGUAUAGAGCGAUGGGUUCUGAGGCUACAGUCAUAUAGGUAUAAGGUAAAAUACAGUCCGGGUAAAGAUAAUGUGGCAGACCCACUGUCUAGACUAUGUAGGCUAGCAACAAAUCCAUCCACAAUUUAUGAAAGUUAUGUUCAUAGCGUUGUAGAACACUUACGACCAACUGCUGUAUCACUCCAAGAAAUUGAAGAAUGUUCCAAACAAGAUUCGGAGAUACAAAAAGUUAAAGAAGGCCUCUAUAGUGAAAGUUGGGAUGAAGCAGUCAAAAGCUAUAAAAUCUUCCAGAAUGAACUAUGUUUUUACGGUGACAUUUUACUGCGUGGAUCAAAAAUUGUGAUACCAAGUAAACUAAGAGAUAGGGUUCUCAAAGCUGCACAUGAGAGCCAUCCUGGCAUCGUGGCUAUGAAAAGCAGAUUAAGAACAAAAAUUUGGUGGCCGAAAUGCGAUAAAGACUCUGAAAAUCUUUGUAAAGCCUGCAAAGGGUGUACCCUAGUUUCUGCACCCAACCCACCUAAUCCACUAAAGCGCCGUGAAUUACCAACAGAACCCUGGAUUGAUGUAGCAAUCGAUUUGAUGGGACCACUGCCAAGUAACGAUUAUAUUUUUGUAAUCGUUGACUACUACAGUCGAUAUAAGGAGGUAAAAAUUUGUCGAACCAUAACAAGCUCAGUUAUCAUCGUGCUUUUAAAAGAGAUAUUCAGUCGUUUGGGAAAUCCUGUUUCCAUUACAGCAGACAAUGGUAAACAGUUCAUAAGUGCUGAAUUAAAUGAAUUUUGUAAAGAGCAAAACAUAAGAAUUUACCAUACGAUCCCCUACUUCCCCCAACAAAAUGGUGAAGUAGAGAGACAGAACAGGGACAUUCUUAAGAGAUUGAAGAUAAGUCAAGCUGAAAAGAAAGAUUGGAAGGAAGCCUUACGUGAAUACAUGAUAAUGUAUAACAGUACCCCCCAUACGGUAACAGGCAAAACACCAUCUGAAUUGUUUUUUAGUAGACAGUUCCGAGAUAAACUACCAAUGAUGAGAAACAUAACUUACAAUCCAAGAGACGAGGACAUAAGGGACAGGGAUAGAGAAUGUAAAGAAAAAGCCACCACAGACAAAUUGAUAAGUGAUUCGAAAAUACAAGAGUUGUCGCAUCAUAAGAGUGCGAAGACAAAACGAGUUUUCUGUUCAACCGGAAAGUAUACACAUCAAUUUGUGGAUAUCAGUGGAAAUGUCGUUGUCAUCCAAUUCUUGGGCUCCGGCACCAGCUCCAGCUAUAGCUCCGGCACGGUCUUGGUGUCAGGCUCUGGGGGAGUUGGAGUUUUGAUUGAGGAGUUUAGGUUGGGCCGAUGCGAUGGUGAUGACGAUGACGAUGGCAAUGGCGAUGUAUUGAGUCGGAGUGUAGAGAGAUGCACUUACAUUGUGCACGACACAUAA